AUGCUGCCAGUGGUGCUGGGGCUUCUGAGCCUCCUGUCCCCCUGGGGCAUUGGGGGUGUGGGGGCUGUAGCCCCCAGGCAGGAGCGCCUGGCCAGGACCGCACUUCAAGCUCUGUCUGAACAAGGGACUGUCCUGCUCAAGGCUGUCCGGAGAAAGGCCUCCCUGGCUGUAGAGAGGGCGACACUGGAAUACAGACGCAGGCUUCUGGCGUGCCAGGCUUGUGUUAACCACACCUCGCCUUGUCCUGCCCAAGGACAAGGUCAGAGUCCCUUUGGGGGAGUGGAUGACCAUUCAUCAGGGGUGGUACAGAGAGGAUUGCUGCUCAGAAAUGGGUUGGACCAGGGGACCUUAGAGGCCCCUUCUAGCUCUGAGAUUCUGGGAUCCUGGGAUGGGGAUGUGUGCUGGUCAGAGCAGCUCCAUGUCUACACCGCUCCUGGAAAACAGAAGCUGGGUAAGGGCUGCAAGGAUGGGCAGAAGGUUGGAGGGGAGUAUGGCCAGAUGCUGGGGGAUGUGGGAAGCCAAGUGACUUGUGGCCUUCAGAGCCGCGGAGCUGCCAACGUGACAUGGGCCCGGGGCAGAAUUGUGGGGGGCAAGGCAGCAUCCCCGGGCUCCUGGCCGUGGCUGGUGUCGCUGAGGAUGAAUGGGCAGCCCAUGUGUGGAGGUGUCUUAGUCGAGGAUGCCUGGGUCCUCACUGCUGCUCACUGCUUUGCAAGCCUUCAGAAUGAGCUCCUGUGGACAGUGACCCUGAACAGUCCCCCUGGGGAGAGGCAGGAGGAUGGGAUCCCAGUUAACCGCAUUCUGACCCACCCCAAGUUUGAUCCCCAGACCUUCCAGAACGACUUGGCUUUGGUGGAGCUGUGGGCGCCAGUGCCCCCAUCCGAGUGGGCAUGGCCUAUUUGUCUACCUGAGGAGCCCAGGGAGCCUCCAGCAGGCACCCUCUGCUCCAUUGCUGGCUGGGGAGCUGUCUACGAAGAUGGACCUGCGGCUAAGGCCGUGAGGGAGGCCAGGGUGCCCUUGCUCAGCUUGGACACUUGCCGGACAGCUCUAGGGUCAGCACUUUACCCCAGCACCAUGCUCUGUGCGGGCUCUCUGUCUGGAGGAGUGGACUCCUGCCAGGGUGACUCAGGGGGGCCUCUGACAUGCUCAGUGGCUGGGCCCUCUGUGAGGGAGGUCGUCUACGGUAUCACCUCCUGGGGGGAUGGCUGUGGAGAGCCGGGCAAACCUGGUGUAUACACCCGCGUGGCAGCUUUUGGGGACUGGAUCCACCAGCAGAUGAGUGCCCCUCCUUCCAGCCGGGAGCCCAGCUGCCGGGAGUUUUUGGCCCUGGAUGCUCAGGAGGACCCUUCUGCAGAGUUCUCUCACCUCUGCGCCUUCUACGAGCGCUCCUGCCCCGUGCCUCGGGGAUCCGGCGCCUGCACCCGCCUGUCCCAGAAGAAAUGUCAGCUGCACAAGAGGAGAUGUGAGCUGCGCUCUCUGGUCCAGACCCUGCUGAACCUACUCAGAGACGCUCAGGACUUCUUCUCGCGCCACUUGGGUCUGCUUCGUCUUGCGCGAGCGCUGCCUCACCUUGGCCUAGGGCUUCUGCAACAUUCCUGGCUUCCUUCCCCAGCUCCGUGGCGAGGCCAGGGCACAGCGCGGUUUGUGGUGCCAACAUCCCAGAUCCGACUGAGGAUGCUUUCCCCCCUCCCCUCCUCCUCUCCCCGAGGAGAUGCUCCCCUACCCCAGGCGAGGCAGGAGCAGGAGGCAGAAGGGGAAGGCUGCCCCGGGCUAGAUGCUCUGGGCCAAAAGCUGGCUGCCCUUCGAGGAGCUCACACCUGGAUCCUACAAGUGCCCCGGGACCAGCUGGCUAUGGACUUUCAGGAGAUCCUGGCUGACCUGGGCUCCAGGACUCCGAAGGGACUCUUCCAGGCCCAAGUCAGGGCAGUCGUGGGGGGCCGGAUAGUGGUCUUUGUCACCAUGAUAGGAUUGGAGCCUGCCACCCUCACUCAUAGCCUCCCUGGCCUUUUGGCCCAGGCCUUGAGGGCCUUCAGAGUGUGCUGCUUCCGGAUAGGGCACAGGCUGGCCCCUUCAGGGAAGGGCUCCCACCUAGAGGUGGGCCCCUCGGAAGGCAGCUGUCCCUUCCGGAUGAGUGACAGCCCCAGCCGGCCGGCCGCUCUCCAUGCCCCUGCCCAGCUCGCCCACAGGCCCCUCCCUCAUGCCUCCUCCUUGAUGGGCCGCGGCCCCUGCUGGGCUCCCUCCUUCCCGGUCCUCUGGCCUUCCUCCCUCCGCCUCGCCCUCCACGAGCCCCACAGGGGUGUCCGGUUGCUGUUAUAA